CUUUAAGGGCUAAGCUGGUCAUCAAGCAGGGGAAAGAGGUGAAAGCGAUAGGCCGAGUGGAGCCAGCACCCAGGGGAGGCCUCUCCCAGGAAUGCACUUUGGACCAGAGACCAGAGUACACAUGGUCAUCAUCAUCAUCCCCAGGCGUCAGCCAUGAAUGACUCCUGCCUGGACGGCAGCCCAGCUGCUGGUGGCAGAGCUGUGUCACAGAGGGACUCGCGAAGGACACUUAGCCUCACAGCAAUGGGAGCAAGUGGCUCGGGGCUCCCCCUCCCCCACAGCCUGCCUGGCCCAGGCCAGCAUGGGGAGGGCAGGCGGGGCUCACAGCUACGCCUGCGGCUGAGCACCCUCCAGGGAGAGCCCCAGGGGCCAGAGUCUGGCUGUGGAUCCCAGUUCUAGGCAUUCACACUACAUUUGCCCCCCGCUGUCUUACUUACUUGGUCCCUCAGUUUUCUCAUCUGUAAAAUAGGGGUAGUAAUGAUACCUACCUUCUGAUUAAAAAACCCCAAACCGUAUCUUGCCAGGCAUGGUUCUAGAAAAUUAAUUCAUUACGACAACCCCAUAUGGUACCUGCCGUGUACAGAUGAAGAAACGGAGGCACGGAGAGGCCAAGUCUUUCCUGAGCUCACCUCGCUACUAAGUGACACGGUCCUCAAAUUCAGGAGGACCAGCUCCUGCUCUUUGCCCCUUCGGGGGUUGUGAAAGUGAGUUACUGCGCCUGCAGCCCUUGGAACAGUGCCUGGCCCGCAGUGAGUACAGUGUCAGCAUGAUGACGGGACGGGGCGCGGGGCGCGGGGCACAGGGCGGGACCCUCCCUCUCGGUUCUUCCAAAGCAGGCAUCAGAGCCUCUUGGGGGAAGCAGGUGACAGCGGCAGCCCUCUCCCAGAAGUCUACAGCUGCCCACACAGUCCCCCCUCCCUUGCCAAGGCUGGGGGGGGGGCGUGGAAACUUAGCCCUUAACUGUCCACCCCCCCACCCCCGUUUCCCACAUUAGUUGGGUGGUGCUGGGGAGGGGCUGUGAGUCAGGCUAAGGAAUCUGAACAAGGUGGGGUGGGGCUCCCCAGAAGUCCCUGGGCGGGCAGUUCCCACGGCUCCUCCCCACGGCCUGCCCCCUGCCCUCGGGCACUACCCAGGCCCCCGGCGGCCUCCCCACAGACCUCGUCUCACCACCAUGGAGUUCGACCUGACCGCAGCCCUGGACUCCAAGAAGCCCCACGGGACAGGCCAGGUGGGAGACCACAAACACAGCGCCCCCAAAGCUCAGGGCGCGUCGGCGGAUAAACCGAGGGGCCACGGCCACCGCAGCUCCUCGGACUCCAGCAGCAGCAGCGGCAGCUCCAGCGACUCCGACCAUGAAGGGAAGCCUCGCGCCGCCGCCCCGGGGCAGCACGGAAGCUCGCCGGGCAAGGCGGAGAAGCCCAAGGUGAAGAAGAAGAAGGAGAAGAAGGAGAAGAAAGGGAAGGCGAAGAAGGAGGCUCCCCGCUGACGGGCCUGGGCGGGUCUCAAUAAACCUCUCCUCCCUCUCCUCCGCUC